UCAGCCGGGGGAGGGCAGGCAGGGAGUGAGUCUCUUCGAAUCUUCUCUGCCUGAAACUUGAGGCAGUGGAGAGGGACUGAUGGGCAUAUCAAUUAUGCAUUUUUUAAAAAUCCAACAGAUAGGGGAAAACGAGAAAGGAAGAGAGCCGAGCACUCACAGCUUCCUUAAUUACAUUUAAUUUCUCUGCGGAGGCAAAAAGCAGAGGAAGGGGGUGGGAGCGAAUUGCAAGCUGCUGUCCACGAGCUGAAGAAGGAAGAGGAGUUAAGCUCUUUCCACCCUCUUGGAAGCAUCCAUGGCUCGUUCUGCCCUGGGAGUCUCCUUGCUCCUGCUUGCCGUGGCUUCCACGGUGCACUGCAAAGUUUCCCAGAAAAUACCCAACAAAGCAUCCAGCUCAAGCAAGGCUGCCCUGCGCCAGCUCUCCGAUUAUUUAUUUGCCAAUUACAAGAAGGAUGUCAGGCCGGUCUGGAACUGGAGGAAGACAACCAACGUGGCCAUCGACGUCAUGAUUUAUGCUAUUCUGAGCGUGGAUGAAAAAAACCAAGUUCUGACCACCUAUAUUUGGUACAGGCAGCACUGGAUCGAUGAAUUCCUGAAAUGGAAUCCGCAGGACUUCGACAACAUCACCCAGAUGUCCGUCCCCACCGAAGCCAUCUGGAUCCCAGAUAUCCUGAUCAACGAAUUUGUGGAUGUGGGCAAAUCCCCAGAAAUCCCCUACGUCUACAUCCUCUAUAAUGGGGAGGUGAGGAAUCUCAAGCCUGUUCAAGUAGUGACCGCCUGCAGCCUGGACAUCUACAACUUCCCCUUCGAUGUACAGAACUGUUCUCUGACGUUCACCAGUUGGCUGCAUAACAUACGAGACAUCAACCUCUCCUUGUGGAGGACCCCGGAGGAGGUGAAAAAUGACCGGAGCGUCUUCAUGAACCAGGGCGAGUGGGAACUUCUUCACGUGCUCAGCCAAUUUCGAGAGUUUAGCGUUGGGGACAAUGAUUACUACGCAGAGAUGAAGUUCUUUGUGGUCAUCCGGAGGCGGCCCCUUUUCUAUGCUGUCAGCCUCCUGCUCCCCAGCAUUUUUCUCAUGGUCAUGGAUAUUGUGGGCUUCUACCUGCCCCCUGAUAGUGGGGAAAGAGUCUCUUUCAAGAUCACCCUGCUCCUUGGCUACUCGGUUUUCCUAAUCAUUGUGUCGGACACGCUGCCUGCGACUGCGAUCGGGACCCCUCUUAUAGGUAUCUAUUUUGUGGUCUGCAUGGCCUUGCUGGUGAUCAGCUUGACAGAGACUAUCCUCAUUGUACGCCUGGUGCACAAGCAGGACCUUCAGCCCCAUGUUCCUGACUGGGUGAAGCGCUGGGUUCUAGAACGGGCUACCAUCCUGCUCUGCAUCCAAGACAGGAAAGCGUUCCGCCCCGUCUGCACUCAAAGUUCAAACAUCUCCAGGAACAUGGAGAAUAACGACAGCACAGCCAAGCUGAACCACUACAGCUGUGACGCCCCACGGGACUACGAAGGCAGAACGGGUGAUGCAACAGCCCCACUGCAGGGCCAGAGCCCAGAGUUGGUGGCACACAUCCUGCAUGAGAUCGCAGCCAUCCGCCAGUUCCUGGAGAAGCGAGAUGAAUUCCGGGAUAUCGCCUGCGAGUGGCUGCAAGUGGGCUACGUUUUGGAUGUCCUCCUCUUCCGUGCUUACUUGGUGGCGGUGCUGGCCUACAGCAUAACCCUUGGCACGCUGUGGUCUAUCUGGCAGUAUGCCUGAGGCACCAGCCUUACCAGGGAAGGGCUCGGCAGACCACGCGCCACUGAUUCCCAAUUGAGGAAUGAAUAUUGGUUCAACUUUCAGGUUCCACAUAAAGUCCCAAACCACAAUCUCUCUUGCUGACGGGAGAGUACCAGUUAUUGUCAACCUCUUUAUCCCAUGUUUUCACGUUUCGGGGUAUAUUAUUUUAGUUAGGUUCUUCUAAGGACUUGAUGUCCCUUGCAUCUCCUUGUCUUUAUCUGCGUAAUCUCUUUAAGAAGGGAAAUUUUGGUCCCUGGGAACUCUUUCUUUUUCAGGGAAUUUCAAUCCCCAAGAUGGCUAAUAGAAAGUUUAACUGUGUUUUGAAGUCGUGUUCAGCAGCAUUUAUAUUCUGUGUGGCUAUUUGCACUAAUAUUGUCAAUUGGCCUGUCUGUAAAAUGGGCAGCUGCUUUUCUUGCCGUGCUCCUAUCUGUUCUACAAUAAACAGAAUUAAACUGAACACA